AUGAAGGUCCUGCUCGUGCUGCUCCUGGCGCUGGUAGCCACAGCCUCAAGGAAUGUCCUGUGGGUGAUCGAGGGGACCUCCUGUGACCUGCCCUGGCAAGCUGCCCUCUUCAAAGGGGAGAAGUUCCUCUGCGGGGGAACGCUGGUGGACAAGAACUGGGUGUUGACGGCUGCCCACUGCCACGUCCCGGGCUUCAUCAGCGUGCGCCUGGGGGUCCGGAACCAGAAGGAUUCGGGUGGCAUCGAGCAGUGGCGCCGGUCGGCCAAGGUCUUCAGGUACCCCCGCUACAACGAGACCACCAAAGAUGGCGACCUGAUGCUCAUCAAGUUUCUCCUGCCCAUCCACAUCAACAAGCAGGUGAAGCCGCUCCCAUUGGCCUCCCACUGCCCCGUGCCCGGCAAGACCUGCCAGAUCUCAGGUUGGGGGUCCACCACCAGCCCUGAAGUCACCUUCCCCGAGGAUCUCCACUGCACCAAGGUCACCAUCAUCUCAGAGGAGCAGUGCCGGCGCGUCUACCCCGGCUCCGUCACCGCCAACAUGGUGUGCGCGGGCGAGUCCCGCAGCCGGGCCGACUCCUGCCCGGUCUGA